GCACCGAGGGAACCGAAAAGUAAAAAGGCGAAAUCCACCGGCAGUGUACAGUUUACUCACAAUUUUAAAAGCACGGAAUUAACGUUGAGCUUGGCCCUCUUCUACAAGCCAGGCAAGGAAGAAGUAGACGAAGGAAAAGGAAGUUCCGGAAUUUUCAGCAGCAACUGAAAACUUAAGAAACAAAAUGCCGUUCUGGCAGACGGCGGGAAAUGCAACCACUUCAUCCUCGUCUUCUUCUUCCUCUAACACGAACUCGUCUUCCACAUCUUCCAGCUCCUUGAACAGCACCGCCCACCACAACAGAGCCGGCGACGAUCCGAAUCAGCAAAACCACGGCGAGCUUCCUGGAGGAGAGAGAUCGCCAACCACAGUCUCUGCUGCUACUACCGUUUCGCUUGUCGCCAAGUCGUUAUUGCCUACCCGAAGGAGGCUCAAGCUUGAUCCUGCCUCCAAGCUCUACUUCCCUUAUGAACCAGGGAAGCAGGUAAAGAGUGCAAUUGGCAUUAAAAACAUUUGCAAGUCCCAUAUUGCUUUCAAGUUCCAAACAACUGCACCUAAGAGCUGUUACAUGCGUCCUCCAGGAGCGAUACUUGCCCCUGGUGAGAGCCUGAUUGCAACUGUGUUCAAGUUUGUGGAGCCGCCAGAGAACAUUAUUGAGAGGCAACUGGAUUUAAAAAGCAGGGUCAAGUUCAAGAUCAUGAGCUUGAAGGUUAAAGGAGAGAUGGAAUAUGUACCAGAGUUGGUAUGCAACAUUCUCGGUUUAUGUUUUGCAACUCGUCUUCAUCCAUGGACCGUUAAGACUAAAUUAAUGAUCUGUUCAUGUAAUGUUUACGAAGUUUGAUGACAUGAAAGAUCAAGCAGCAGUGGAGCAAAUAUUGCGGGUUGUUUUUCUUGACCCCGAAAGCCCAAACCCUGUAAGUAUUCUCGAAAAGAAAAAAGAACUUGCUACCUCUGGACCUAGAAAGAUUGCAACUUUCUGAAUCUGAGGAGACAUUGAUACUUUAUUGUUUGCAUAUCCAAGGCACUGCAAAAGCUCAAUAGACAACUUGCUGAAGCGGAAGCUGAACUCGAGAACCGGAAGAAGCCUCCCGAGGAACCAGCCCCUCGUCCUACUGGUGAAGGGCUCGUCAUAGAUGAAUGGGUAAUUUCAACCUGCUUGGUCUCUUUACUCUCCUUACAUAAGUUAUCACUUCACUGUGGCUUACAGUUGUUAAUGCUGCUCCAUUUCUGGGGGGUCUUUCCGCAGAAAGAGAGGAGGGAGAGAUACCUAGCCCAGCAACAGGUUGAAGUUGGUCCGGUGUAGAAGUAAACUGUUUUUAUCAUUCAUUUGUUGUUGUUAGCUUUGUUGUGCUGAAGUUAUCAAUUACUGUGUGGUCACGUUGAGGGAAUCAAAGAGAGAGAGAGAGAGAGAGAGAGAGAGAGAGAGAGAGUCAUCUUGACAGAAGCGAGGUGUAAAGUAGCAUUAAGAAGGUGUUAUCGCAUUGCUGUUGCUUAAUGAUGAGGGAACAGGAUCUGAUUUUGAUCAGUUCAAUGUUGGUCAAUUAUUAGUACAUAUUCAUAAUGGUGAACCUUAGCACUAUUAGAUAAUCA